AUAUUUCUUCUUCAUGGUUCAGAAUAAGUUAUAGCUCAAGGUAAUAAUAUCACUCAGAAAAUGUCACAUUGCAGAUCUCUGAUUUCCCAAGUGUCAUCAUCUUUAACUUGCUUUUGUAGAAGCCAGUCUAUAAACGCAUCUCGUAAUGUAGUUGCUCGAAGCUUAUCUUUGUCAUCAGCACGAAAUUCCGAUGACAAUAAAAACUAUGAAAUAAAUCCUGAAUUCAUCAACAGGAAUGAUAGCUGCUUAGAGUAUAUGAAUAUUUUACCAAAGAGAAGGGGAUGGAGAUUUCAGAGACCCACAAGAAAUUUUUAUUACAAAGUCAAUAUUAAUCUCACCGCCACAAAAGUGGAGAUAUUCUUGGAGCACUCUUCAGGGAAGAAAGUUGUGUCGGCAUCAUCCACAGAAUGGGCAAUAAGGCAGUUCCUCUACAGUGGCAGAGACUUUGCCGCAGCAGUGAAUACUGGACGUGUGUUCGCAGAGCGCUGUCACAGAGCUGGCAUUGUUAGUGUAUUCUGGGACCCAGUCAGUCCAGGAGGGGAAAAGGUGAAGGCAAUAUUGAAUACUUUGGAGGAAUCAGGAAUUCAGAUAGGAGAGGAUGAGGUGGUAGAGAGACAAUUCAAACCAGGAAUGAACUAUGAUGGCAAAAAUCGAAUGGGCGAGAGGAAGAGAUCCGAUGAUGUGCAGAUCAUAUAAUUCAAUCCAUUCAAAAGUGUUCUUUCUAUGAAUUUCAUUGUGAUAUUAUGGCAUAUUAAAUGGUCAUUUCUUUUU